UGCAACAGACAUCCCCGCUGCUACCGAACUGAAAAUGCCGGUCAAGUUUAAGGGCAUCAGCGAGUACAAGAAGAAGUUCAGGAAGCGAAAUUCGCGGUCCGGGCGCACAUCCCCUCACCUCCGGAUGCGCGAGGCGGGGCUUCGGUCUGACCAAUUGGGCAUCACCAGAGAGCCCCAGUUCCUCUCGAAGAAGAGGGUCCCCUCUCGCGAACCCGAGGUCAGCAAGUCCUUCCAGUGGGAGUGGCCGGCUGCGUCGCUGAGGGGACCCGACUCCUCCAGAGGGGGCGUGCCUCUGGCAGCAGCAGCGCCCCCUGUGGUGGGAGCAGGUAGCGCAGAGGGGCCCGAAACCCCUGCAGCUCCCAGGCGCUCCCGGCCGCUCGAGGCUCUGCCUGCGGAGAACGGAGCGCACGCCUCUCCACCCGAACCCCGCAGUCCUCCUGUGGAGGACAAGCCUGAACCUGCUCUGAAUGGAGUCGACCAUGUGCUGAAGAGGAAGGCGGGGCUGAAGUCUGCUGGGCGGAGCAGAGGGCUCCACGCCUCAGAGUAUCAGAGACAGUUCCUGUGGAAAACCCCUGCUAACACCUCCCCCCUCCUGGCUGCAGGACAGAUGGUGUACGGCAGCAGCCCGGUGAUCCCGCCCUUCAGGGCGAACCCCGUGGCCCUGGAGAGCGAGUACAAGCGGAGCUUCAAGGCGUCGCCACCCCCCAGGGGCCCACGACUGCGCCGGGACGUGGAGCAGAGGGAGGAGGCGCUGUUCCAGCUGGAGGAGGUCUCCCCAGAGAGGAGCUCAAAGAGUAAGAAAAAGAAGAAGAAGAAGCAGCAGUUACCCAGCAAGCGCAGCCCCCAGAACAACGCUCUUCAGUAUGACUGGGAGAACCAGCAGCAGGAAGUGAGGUCACAAAGCCCACAAGAGCCCCUCCCCUCCCAUGCAGCAUAUAGGAAGGUGAAGUCAGAAUACAGCUCCAACUUCCGCUCCCCAUUACUGUUCAGGUAUAAAGAGGGAGCGUGGGUCAAAUCCUCUACAGCAGGAGAAGAGGUGAAGGAGCUGAGGGAGAAGGCUGAAGCCUACCGGAGGAGGGCGUGGGGGACCCAUUUCUCCCGGGACCAUCUGAACCAGAUCCUGUCUGAGCAGAACCGGCUGUGGGAGGCCUCCACCCCCACCUCGGCAACAGUAACUGAGCGUAGCACUGGCAGCAGCACCAUCCAGGCCUUGGAUCUUGCCAGGGGGGAGAGUGCGAAGGCCAGCACCAGGGAUGGGGCCUCCCUCUCGGCCAGCCAGAGGAGCUCCAUGGAGGCCGCGGAAGAGGCGGGGUUCCACAACGCCCCCACCCUCCCGGUGCAGAGGAAGCUGGCCUGGGAGGAGGCGCGGUCGAGGGCGGGCUCGCAGAAGGAGGAGCCUCACGCCAGGAAGUCACGGGAGGAAGAGGAGGAGGAGGAGGAGAGUGAUGAGGUGCCAGCAGUAGAUGAACAGUACCUGUCAACCGCAUCAGGAUCUCACAGCACCAGAGAGGGGGGCAGGCUGCCCACCCCAAAAAUGAAGACCAUCCCCACCAUCCAGAGGACCCACCACGACCUCACUACCCCGGUAACCGGGGGUGCUAUUCUGGUCUCCCCACCAAAGUUGAAGGACCUCCAUCAGGGGCUGAGGAGGAGUGAGCCGCCCCUGGGCAAACCCCACUCGCCCUACAAGCAUCUGUCUUCUCCCUCGCCCGACCGGGUCAUCAAUAAGCUGGCGGAGAGCAGCCCGCCCCGGUCCUCUCCGGCGGCGGGAAUGACCACGGUCGACCCCAUCCCCCUGCGAGGAGACGCCUGGCCCACGCAGGCUCUCCCGGACGACCCCCCCACGCUGCGCGCCUCCAGGUCAUCCCGCAAACUUAGUCCCGGUGCCGCGCCUCCCCCCGUCCCGGUCCUGACCAACCGCAUCCACGGGACUCUGAGGGACCCAGAGUUCCAGCACAAUGGUAACUUGGGACUGCUAAAGCCAGCAUUUGCGUUUCCUGUGAAUGACUCCGAUGUUUCUGACAACGAUGACAGGAUGUCCCAGAUCUCGGCGCGGUCAGCGGCCUCCUGCUCCAUGGCUUCACAGGUCUUAGAGCGGGCCCAAAAAAGGCGAAAAAACUUCUGGGGCAAGAGCUAGGGACUCAGCGGCCCACCCCCCAUCCUAAGGGAGCCCCUGCUUUCAUAAGGGCUAAGAACUAAGGGACCUUCCCCGUCCA